GUCUAAAACAUCGCAAAUGUCACUUUGUUCUGUCCAUUGUUUUCCUGAAUAAUCUCUGAAAUAAAAUCUAUUUGCAUCUCGGAUUUGUGUGGUGAUUAUUUUGUGAAAGAUGGCUAUGUUCCCAGGAACGGUAGCCUUCGACGAAUAUGGACGUCCAUUUAUUAUCCUUAGGGACCAGGAAAGGCAAAAACGGCUGACCGGUAUAGAUGCCUUGAAGUCUCACAUCCAAGCGGCUCGCCAGAUUGCCGGCAUCCUCCGCACAUCCCUCGGCCCUCGGGGCCUAGACAAGAUGAUGGUGUCUCCAGAUGGUGAGGUGACCGUCACCAACGAUGGAGCCACCAUCCUGAAGCUGAUGGAUGUUGAGCACGAGAUCGGGAAGUUGAUGGUGCAGUUAGCACAGAGCCAGGACGAUGAGAUCGGAGAUGGAACCACUGGAGUUGUUGUUUUGGCUGGUGCCCUCCUAGAGCAAGCCUCCAACCUGCUAGACAAAGGCAUCCACCCGAUCCGCAUCGCCGACGGCUUCGAAAUGGCCGCCGCGACAGCCCUAGCGCACCUUGACUCUAUCAGCGAGGCGUUCCCAGUCAACAAGGACACUAGGGAGAACCUGAUCAAGGUCGCCAUGACAACCCUGGGCAGCAAGGUCGUGGUCAAGUGCCAUAGGCUGAUGGCGGAGAUUGCUGUUGAUGCGAUCCUCUCGGUGGCAGACCUAGAGAAGCGUGACGUCAACUUCGAGCUGAUCAAAGUGGAGGGAAAAGUCGGGGGCAGGAUGGAAGACUCCAUGCUAGUCCGAGGAGUCGUCAUUGACAAGACCAUGAGCCACCCACAGAUGCCUAAAGUGCUGAAGGACGUGAAACUGGCGAUCCUGACGUGCCCGUUCGAGCCGCCCAAGCCCAAGACCAAGCAUAAGCUGCAAGUUGGCUCCGCUGAUGAGUACAGGGAGCUUCGUCAGUACGAACACGACAAGUUCUUGGAGAUGGUGCGCCGCGUCAAGGAGGCUGGUGCGACUCUCGCCAUCUGCCAAUGGGGUUUCGACGACGAAGCCAACCACCUUCUCCUGGCCGAGGGUCUACCAGCAGUCCGCUGGGUCGGCGGGCCAGAGAUGGAACUCAUCGCGAUCGCCACCGGCGGCCGCAUCGUGCCGCGCUUCGAAGAACUUACGACGGACAAGCUGGGCUCGUGCGGACUGGUGCGGGAGCUGACCUUCGGCACGUCCAAAGAAGAGAUGUUGGUCAUCGAGCAGUGUUCCAACUCGCGCGCGGUCACGCUUCUCAUGCGUGGCGGCAACCGCAUGAUCGUCGACGAGGCCAAGCGCUCCGUGCACGACGCGCUGUGCAUCGUAAGAAGCCUCGUGCAGGAUUCCCGCGUCGUCUACGGCGGAGGCGCGGCCGAGGUGUCGUGCGCGCUGGCCGUGGCGCGCGCGGCCGGCAAGCUGGCGUCGCUCGAGCAGUACUCCUACCGAGCAUUCGCCGAUGCUUUGGAGGCCGUGCCGCUCGCGCUCGCUGAGAACAGUGGUCUGUCGCCCAUCGAUACGCUGUCUGAAGUAAAGGCGCGGCAGGUGGCCGAGAACAACUGCAACCUCGGCAUCGACUGCAUGGACAAUGGUUCAAACGACAUGAAGGCGAUGAACGUGAUCGAAUCACUUCACUCCAAGAAGCAACAGAUCGCGCUCGCUACGCAGCUCGUCAAGAUGAUCCUCAAGAUCGACGACGUGCGCUCGCCGGCCGACGCCAUCGACUAAACAGUGGUAGACUGCCGAGGAUGUUCGUAAAACGUGGCGAGAUUCGGCUUUCGGGACGCGUAUUUUGGGCUCUUUCAGGGGUUUAUUCCAUUUUGAUCACAUGGGUCUGGUUUGAUGACCUGAACGUCCAAUUGUUGUACUUACAAUUUUUUUGCAACACUUGAUAUUUUCUAAAAACCGCAACAAACAAAUUGGACAUGUAUGUGACUAUUCAGAGGUGUUAUUUAUGUAUAGGUGAUCAAAGGAAACUAAAAUAAUUAAACUGGAGUCCACUGAUCACCCAGGUCAUCUUAACCAUGGUUAAAAGGAUACCAAAACUUGUUCACGUGUUUGUUUUGUAUCGUGCCGAAAAACGCCAAUCUGAAAGUCUAUGGUCAUUCUACUGAUCGAGCUGGCUCGAUUAUAUGACAUCAAUACUGAAGUUGAGUUAUGUAAUGCCUCGCCUCAUGAUAAAAUAUCUCCAAUUUUAUUUGUCCACAUUAUACUCGUCGGAAGUCCUCACAAUAAUUAAGAACUAAUUAUAUUAUUUUAGUUUUAUUUGUAAUUUAAAGCCUACGUUGUUUCUGAUGGCAAAUUUCAAGGAAUACUAUUUAAUAUUUCAACAUUUGACUGUAUGUAACAUUAUCUUUAUUUUAGUUUGCCAAAUUCAAUGAUUUACUAAAAUUCAUUAGUAAAUUUUACGAAAUGGAUUUUAGUAAAUCAACUUUAUACCUACUCGAACACCGGAUUUGUUAAUAACAUUUCCAUAUAUUUUAUUUUCACAAGUAUUAAAAAUGUGUCUCAAUCGAGUGGUGUCUACAGCUAGGUGUAAGCCACUGCAUUUGGUAUGAGCGUACGGGUGUACGAUGUGAUGGAUGCCUUAUUGCACUAAUAAAAUUAAUAUGAGCUAUU